AGACGCUCGUUUGCCCGCGGCGUUUCCCGGCAUCAGUGCCCAUAAUGUGUUUGCUGAGUCCAUGGUUGUGGCCCGAGAGGAAACUUCCUCGUGUGCUUAAAUUUGGUUUCUUGGUUUAAAUGUUCGCCGACAAUGAUUUGCAAGGAACAAAUAGUUCAGGAUCAUUGGGUGGUCUUGAUGUCCGUAGAAGAAUCCCUAUAAAGCUUAUUUCAAAACAGACCAAUAAAACCAAACCUGCACCUCGAACUCCAAGAAAUAUGAACAGGAUGCCUUCGAAGACACAAGCUGGUGAUGAAGAAGAAUUUGAUUAUAACAAAGAGGAGCGAUACGAAUGUAAAGGAGGUGAAAUGUUUGGCAAUCAAAGGCGAUUUCCCGGACCCAUUUUUUGGGAUUAUAAGAUAAACUUGCUGGGGGAAAAGGAUGAUACACCAGUCCAUUUCUGUGAUAAGUGUGGAUUGCCCAUCAAAAUGUAUGGACGCAUGAUACCUUGCAAGCAUGUUUUCUGCUAUGACUGUGCUAUACUGCAUGAGAAAAAGGGAGAUAAGAUGUGUCCAGGCUGUAACGAACCUGUGCAGCGAAUUGAGCAGUGUGUACGAGGAUCUCUCUUCAUGUGUAGCAUUGUUCAAGGAUGCAAGAGAACUUACCUGUCACAGAGGGACUUACAAGCCCACAUCAACCACCGUCACAUGAGAGCUGGGAAGCCUGUUACUCGUCCUCCCAUCGAACCCGUGCAUCCUCCUAUUGCCCCACCACCGGCCGAAAUUCCCGAGCGUUUCAUAAUGCCCCCGGAGAAACAUCACAUGAGCCACAUUCCACCAAAGCAGCACAUCAUGAUGCCACCGCCCCCCUUGCAGCAUGUCCCACAUGAGCACUAUAACCAGCCCCACGAAGACAUCCGUGCUCCUCCUGCAGAGAUGGCCAUGGCUCCGCCGCCUCCCCGCCCGGUCAGUCAGGACACCUUCCGCAUCUCAACGAGGAAACACAGCAACUUAAUAACUGUCCCCAUUCAGGAUGACUCCAAUUCAGGUGCUCGAGAACCGCCUCCACCAGCGCCCGCACCUGCUCACCAUCAUCCUGAGUACCAGGGUCAGCCAGUGGUGUCACACCCUCAUCACAUUAUGCCUCCCCAGCAGCACUAUGCACCGCCCCCGCCGCCGCCUCCGCCCAUCAGCCACCCGCUCCAGCACCCUCCACAGGCGGCAGGCACCCCUCACAUGGUGUACAGCCAGGCUCCGCCACCUCCAAUGACCUCCGCCCCGCCGCCCAUAACCCCGCCGCCCGGACACAUCAUUGCCCAGAUGCCACCCUACAUGAACCAUCCUCCUCCGGGACCUCCCCCUCCUCAGCAUGGAGGCCCACCUGUAAAUGUAAAUGCACCCCCUCCCCAUCACUAUAAUCCCAACUCUUUGCCACAGUUCAGUGAAGAUCAAGGAACUCUUAGUCCCCCUUUCACACAGCCUGGGGGAAUGAGUCCAGGGAUAUGGCCAGCUCCAAGGGGGCCGCCUCCACCUCCAAGGAUGCAAGGGCCUCCUGCUCAGGCCCCACUUCCUGGACCACAUCACCCUGAUCAAGCCAGAUACAGACCCUAUUACCAAUGAUACAAGCAACUAUAUGAAUAGAGAAUGCCAUGAAGAAGAUAAAACUAAAUACAGAAGCCUUUUAAUUGUUUUGGGGUUAUUUUGUUGUGGUUUUUUAAGAAUACUGUCAUUUUGACUGUAAGACAUUUUGAGGUUUGAAUCUUAAAUAAUUUUUAAGCCUUGGCCGUAGGACUCUUAACUUCAAAUACUCUGUAGUGCUAAAAUAAGUGGCUUAGUAGACCACAGUUGCAUUUUAACAGAACUUCUGUUGCUAGUGUGGCUAAAUUGUCCUAAGAUGAUCACUUGUAAUACUAUUUCCUGGAGAAGAUGAACACGUGUUGUACCAUUCUGAAUAUUGUUUUUGUUAAAUCCAGUGUUUUUGUUAACCUGUGUACAAUAAUUAAAUCAAAAUAUGGUUGUAAAUGUGGUGAGUUUUUAUAUAAAGUUAACGUACGCAUAGUUCUGGGACACCAUUUCAACACGUACACCUUCCAAACGGCAGUGUAGUGAAAUAGUAAAGGAACUUUAACAUUUCUCCUACUGCCAUUUCCCGUUACUCAUAAGGAUUUCAGGGUGUAGUGAAUUUUUGGCACUAGAAAUCACACGUGCAGAAUUCUGCAUUUACCCCGUUUCAGCUUUUCUGGUUUUUCCUUUAUGCAUCAAAAUGAAUCUGAAAAGAUACAGCUUUGGGUAUGACAUGAAACCAUGUGUUGUGGGGGUUUUUUUGUUUGGGUUUUUGGAGUUUGUUUUAAAGCUAGUUUUGAUUCAGGAGGUUCUGUUUACAUGUAAGUAACUCAGUGGAGUUCAAUUCAAACUACUGUGUUUACCUGUGGCUGUGUUUGUGUGGAAGUGGCUGUGAACUUGCUUGCCAUGUCCAUGAAAAGCAGCUUCUUUUAGGUAGGGAAGACAUGUUUGCCUCUCACUUUAUAUAAUGUGUACAGUAGGAAAACUUCCUAUUUGGGUAAUAUGAGAAAAGUGGUCUGAAAUCCCACGUGUAGAUAUAAAAAGGUACACAUUACUUAUCUGUUUUGAUUUUGUGAUAGAGGUUUAAUUGAACAGACAGUUAUUAGGUGUUUUGCUUUUCUCAAAAGCUAGCAAUAUAAACAGGCUUUUAGGUCUGGUUUUUUCCAAAAUUUAUGUUUUAUAAGAUACUUUUAAAGAGAAAUGUAAUAUAAAAUGAAAAGAUUCCUUUUUAGUGCAGCCGGUAGCAGAAAGAGAUGUGAACAGGGCGGUAGUGUCUGUUGGUUGGGGUGCUUAUCUUUGCAUUUCUGAUCAGUAUUUGCACUGAGCCAUUGUUUUUCCAAAUGCCACAUUUCUGGCAGUGGUGCUUUUAGAUGAAGUCCUUCGGGAUAUUUCUAAAGUUUGUAGUUUCCUACUGUUCUCAAAUAAUCUGAGCCAUCUUAAAGCCUCAGUGUUACUUUUUUAUUUUGUAAACAUUCUCUUCCAGAACCAUAAGUGUUAAAUUUAUGAAAAGAGCUGUGACAGUGCAACAUUCCAAAUUUUGUAUUCUUAUGUCUAAACUUCAUAUUUUUAAUUGGUAGAGCAAGGGCUCUUUAGAUUUAUUCUGUUCUUGACUGCCAUUGAUUUCCUUGUGACCACAGCCAAAUCUUUUAGACUGCCUUUCAAGUAAAUACAUCUUCAGAGACGGGAUACAAAUAAAUUCUGGGGUAUGCAAAUGGCCAAUAGUGUCAACUGCUUGAAAAUGUACUUAGCUGUAACAUACUUCUUUCUAAGAGAGAGUUAUUUGGUGUGGUUGCUCUGAAAACUAAGUAAUUUUAAAUAAAAUACAGUGAUGAAGAAAAGAAGCUAAUUGUAAUAGUGUGCUAUGAAGCGGGCUGAUUGAAAAUUUCCUGUUGCUAUACGUGUGAAGGCAAAAAUGGCUAUGCCAGCAUUCUUUCAGUAUCUAACAAACACAUGAGGAACUUUCGAGGACCCCUUCUGUCACGGUGAAAUUGACUGGGAGGAGGCAUAUUUAUGUUACAGCGCAUGAUUUCAUCUGGGAGGAAAUCUGCAUGUCUGAUUCCUGUCCUUUGACUCUGCCAAGCCAAGCUCAGGCCCGACACAGCUGUGUCACAGGGACUCGCUGAGGCCUCCAGUGCCGGCUCGCUGGUGCUCGGACACGUGCGGCUUCCCAAGGGCCAGGCAUCCGCUUCACCAGUGCUCUGUGUUAGGGAAAAUGGGACAUUCUGGAACGAGCUACUACCCACCAGUCACAGGUGAUGAGGAAAUCAGGCAACUCUUUCCAUGGUGCUGAAGUAAGUCAGGUUUCAAACUUCUGUCACAUAGGCGCCUGUCUCCUGACCCAGAUGAAGGGUUCAAAAUAUUUCUGGGUCCAAAGCUAUUCUUGAAGUUACUGCUAAAGUGCUUUCCUGAAAAUUCUGAGGCAGAUAAAUUGAUGAAGGGAAAACAGCAGUUUUUGCUCUAUCAAGAAGCACAAAAGGUGAAUGUAUCUCUGUCAUUGUCAGUAUAGACCGUGUGUGAGAAUUUUUUUCCCCGUAAUUCAAACGAAGGUGACAUACGUCAUACGGACAAUGAUGUAUUAUUCCCCAAAAAACCAGUGGGAUCCCCUGAGCUGGUUAGUAACCAUGGAAAAAGUCUGAUAGAGAAAUUAACUGAAAAGUCAUCCUAUAUAGGCAGGUCCUGGACUUGAAUCAAAUUUCUAUGUCAUCUUGUAAGAGGAAGACUUAAAUAUAUUUUUUUAAUUAUUAAAUCAGGAUUAGAUUAUAUAUAUAAAUCUAUAACCUAUGUAACUAAGGGCACUGUUGAUGUUUUCAUAUUUUCAGAGUUUAAAAAUGCUUCCUCUGGUUGAAGCCCUGUGUUAACUGUCUUUUUAAUUUGUUUAUGGGUUUGGUAUAUGUUUUACCAUGGCUUUUUCCUUGAUUUGUUGGUUGGAUUAAUAUUUUUUUAAAAUACCAGGUCAUUUUACUGAGAGGUUAAAAAAUACAUGUGUUUUAUUUAAUUGUGUAAUUGACAGUGUUAGAAAUUGUGAGAUGUGAUUUCUUUGGAUCCCUUCUUACUGUAAAGACGAACAUUUGAAUUUAAUUAAUUGUGUUUAUUUUGAAUCAAUAUCCUUGUCUGUGGCAGUGAUCUCCUUCCUGAAGCAUUGCCAAGCAGAUCUCAGGUUUUAAAGAGAACUCUGACAUUUGAAUUUGUCAGCCAUUGCAGGUUCCUGUAACAAUGUCGCAUAAGCAAUGAAAAGGAGUUUUAUGAUGGUUUGUGUUCACCAUGGAAAGAAUGAAAGGACACCAGCAGAUGGCCUGAAAAUAUCUGUGUUUUAGAUGCUUGUCUCCUUAUACUUCAUCCUUGAUUCCAUCUCUGACUUUGCUUAAAAAGUUGUCUGCAGCCAUGCAUACCUUAUAACCAGGGGACCAGUAGUGUGAACGAUCCUUUCUGUUUGUGGUGGGUUUUUUUAAUACUGUUAACAUGAUGACUGAUUGCCUACAUGUGAUAUGUUAUGUUUUUCAUGCCUUUUAAAAAGAAAAAACUGUGAAUUAAUUUUUUUAAAAACUGAUCCACGAGAAUUGUAAAAACUUACUGGAUGAAUUUUCACUUCCUGCUCUCAAAGACUAUCAAAAACUGUUUGUUAAAAACUGAAGUGGAAGUAAUUCCACUACUACCUAACUACUUUUGAAUUUGCACACAUAGCAAAGGAGAAAAACUGUCUUCCUCUUAGUGGAAGCCAGGUGUUCUCAAAAACACAUUUGUGGAUAUGAUUUCCCUGUGGAUCAAAUCUGAACACACCUCUCUCUUUUUAAACUUUUCUGCUCUGUAAAACUUGUGUCGGAUUUCAAGUUGUUCCUCUCUGUGUGCAUUGCUGGGCUGCUGACAAAAGCAGGUACUGGUUUACAGCAGAAGGUCCUGUCAAGCCUGGGAAACCGGAGGAGCACAGUGGAUUGGAGCUGCAAUGGAAUACUGAAUGUAUGGGAAAUAAAUUUGAACUUUUCCUCUUUGUAUGUAUGACAGAGUCCAGCAGAGAAAUGUCCAAGGUUUGGAUUCACUUUCAUCCUGAUUACUUUUCCAAAGUAAAUUAUCAGUACUAUGCAAGUUGUAUUUCCCUUUGUAUUUAUUUUAUGGUGUUAAAAACAAUUCUUAGCAAUUCACAAAUCAUCUUGAUACAGUAAUAGUCCCUUCACAAUUGUGAGCUUUUGCACUGUGUUUAGAAAUAUUAUAUUCACACUAAUGAUUCACACUGACCAGUUUGCAAAUUCAACUGCCUGCAUUUGUUUGGGCAAUGUGAGUAAAAAUAAUGAUGUUUAAAUCCCAUUUUAGUUUUGACUUUGCCAUGAGACACCAACUUUAGAAACUUUCCCUAUGCUAAAUGGGAUUCCUCUAUUCUCUUGAGCAUGAGACAUUAAUUUGUGGGUUUUUUUCUCACUUUUUAAAAUUUAUUUUCAGUGUACUCAGUUCAUGAGUGCAAGAGGUUAAAAUAUUAAAAAAUGCAGCAUACAUCCAGAAAUGUGUGGGUGGAAUAGCAGCAGGAAGCUGGUAAAUUAGCUCAGUCAUUAUGAAACUUCAGUGAGUAAUUUUGAUAAUACAACUCAAGUGAUUCUUGAGUGCCAGUAGGACUCAUUGUAAUACAAUACUGGAAGUGGGAAGAGAGAUAAUGUGUGCAGACGGGCAGGAAUGUCUCCAUUUCUAUGUUGUAAUGUUUCACAAAAGGACUUCAGCAUAACUGCUUAGAAAAAAAACCCAAAUGAGUAACUAAAUAGAAGUAUGUGUCCAUUGUCAAGAGAUUUCUUCAGGUUUUUUUGUGAAGACCAAUGCUUGAACACACCUCCAAGAUAAUUUAUGGUGAAUUAUUUCCUCCACUAAAUAAAAUCACAUAAGUGCUGCUGAUUGUUC